GAUACAGCAGUCUGAUAUACAUGUAUAAAUAUCUACACUGAUUAGAUACUGUAUAAUUAAAUUUUACAAUUUUCGAUCCUGAAAUUUAGGUUUUAAAUAAAUUUUAUGUUUCAAAAAUAACGUAUUUUGGAUAUUAACAUAUGUUGUUAGAUAAGGAAAUUUCUCUGUUUAUGUGAUAAUCAAUUUUGACGAUGAUUCGGGUAAAAAUGAUUUUAGGGAUAGUCACAUGCGUUUUAUAUUUCGGUUCGGUAAGACUGAAGGAUUGUAAUCAGAAUUCUCAAUGCAAGUGUACAUAUGAUGACGGCGGUGUUGUUGAUUUAACAAGUCUCGGGAAUACAGAUAAUACACCAAGAUUUAAAGAUAUAUUGUCAAGUAGUGAAGGCAAUUUUUACUCCUAUAACCCGUGCACACCGUUUCAAGAGGAAGAAUGCACGGACGCUGCGGUAUGUAUCAUAAAUCCAGACAAAACACAGUCAAUCACCAUAGGGGACGCAGCAAAGGCCGCCUUCAAGUAUGAUGACGACAGUGGGAACCUUAUUGCAGGAUAUACUUCUGGUGAUAUAACAAACUUAAGACUUUCUGAGAUUAUUUUAAAGUGUGACCAAAGUGCAUGUGAUCCGGAAAUAUCGGCAGACGGUCAGCAGAACGCGGGCUUUUUUCAAAUGACGCUUACAUCAGUCUGCGCAUGUCCAAAUGGCUGCAGUGCUUCCGGUCCAAAAAACUGCUCAAGCGGGAUUUCUGUUGGAACAAUCCUUUGCAUCUUGGCAGUGUCAGUCUUAUUUCUGUAUUUUGUGGUUGGUGUGGUAUUUAUGAAAUUCGUUAAAAAGAAAGAGGGAGCAGAAAUUGUGCCAAAUAUCAUAUUUUGGAAAAGUUUACCAGUUCUAGUUAAGUCUGGCGGUGUGUUUAUUGUAAGUAAAUUCCAGAGAAAGGGAGAUUCGUAUAAUUCUAUAUGACUUAAAACAUGUCACGUGAUAUGCAUUGUAGUGUAACAACACCAUGUUGGUAUAACAAUUUGAUGAUGUAGUAACAUAUUUGUUCAAAGAACUUAUAUUUGUUAUAUAAAUAAUUCUAAUAAAUCGUUGUUCUAAUU